UUGCAGUAACCCUCCACUAAACACAAAUAAAGUCGACCACGUCCAACUAGCUUUGUUGGGAAUUUCUGCCUAUUUACUACAUUCACGAUGGACGCCAGAUUGGAUAUGUUCGAUGGCGAUAUGCUGGAGGGCGACAUGUCGAUUCCAGGAGCACCCAAACGCACCACUACUCAGAAUGGUGUGCCGGAUUACAAUACGCUGGACGAGCCCAUCAAAGAGACCGUACUAAGGGACAUGCGGGCCGUAGGCGUUAAGUUCUACCAUGUCCUCUAUCCCAAAGAGAAGUCAAGCCUGCUCCGCGAUUGGGAUUUAUGGGGGCCUUUAGUUCUGUGUACGUUUAUGGCCACCAUACUACAGGGCUCCUCGUCGGCGGAUAGCAUGGCCGACAACGGUCCAGAAUUUGCCCAAGUUUUUGUGAUUGUUUGGAUAGGCGCCGCCAUUGUAACGCUCAACUCGAAGCUGCUAGGCGGAAACAUCUCAUUUUUUCAAUCUGUCUGUGUUUUGGGCUAUUGCCUCACGCCAGUUGCACUUGCCUUAAUCGUCUGUCGCGUUAUAUUGCUGGCUACUCAGACACGUUUGCUGUUUUUCCUGCGGUUUGUAACCACAACAAUGGGCUUCGCAUGGGCUACGUACGCUUCUUUCAUAUUUCUUGGCCAAAGUCAGCCGCCACAUCGCAAACCGCUCGCCGUUUACCCCAUCUUCCUAUUCUUCUUCAUAAUUUCGUGGCUGGUUUUAUCGCAUAAUUAGCCAUGUUCGUGACGUUCCGUUAAUGUUUAGUGUCGUUCAAUAGCAUAACCAAAAAAUCGGAAAUCAAAUGUAUAUUAAGCUUAAAAACUGUGACCGUUCCACAUAAAGGCAACCCAAUUUGUUUAAGGUACAAUUUA